AUGUCCGAACACAGCACCAAUUCGUUUGCUGAACACUCCCCCCAGAGUGGAGACGAACCCAUGCCCAGCCAAAAUGAAAACGUUCCUCCAUCUACUACUCAUCCUCCGCCCCCCGCUGCUACUACUCCGUCUCCCAUUGCUACUCCUCCGUCUCCCAUGACUACCACAACUCCUCCUAGCCCUAUUACUCUUCCUACCCCUCAAAAGACACCCCGCAAAUCUCGUAAGCGAUUCGCCUCUGGCACCCCGGCCAAGGCCUCCCCAGCCAAACGCACGGCAGCCCCAAAGCCCAAAACUAAAGCGUCGGGUGCAGCACCGGCUUCGAAUUCAGGAGAUGAUUACCGUCUUGUUCAGCUCAAAGAGGAGGGAAGACCUUGGCAAGAGAUCUCUGAAAUCUUUGAGAUGGAGGGGAGAGGAAAAGUGGCUAAAGGGUCAUUGGCGAAACGCUAUUCGCGACUAACAGCAAAGUUGGCUGCGUGGGAGGAGAAUGAAGUUGAUUUCUUGAUGCAGGCGAUGGCAGAAGUGGAUGAGAAUAGGUGGGAAAGGGUAAGUGCCAAGAUAGCAGAGCUGGCAGGAGGAGGUGCUGUAAAGAAAUUUACAGCAGCGAUGUGUGAGCAGAAAGCAAGGGAGUUGGCCGGGAAGUGUAUUAUAGUUACUACUGCCGCCUCCGGUGAUACUCCUGAGGAGCUGGAGGAUUAA